AUGAUGCUAUACUCAUUCGUUUUGGAGGAAAAUUUAUUAAAAAAUGGUCUAAAAAUUCUAAUAUUAGGCAUUCCAUUAAUUUGUGGAAUAAUAGUAUCAUCUUAAUCGAAUUAGAUUGAUUUGUUUCGAAUUAAUUUUUAUAAGGCUAAAAAUGGAACUGAAAUUUCAUAAUUAUGCAUUUAUUUACUGGAAUUAUUGAAGAAUUGGGAGAAUAAUCAAAAAUCUGAAUUGGUAUUGCAAAGCUAUUUAGAGAUUCAUAGAUUAUCUUGUUAAAGAGCAGAUUGUUACUCAAAAGUUUCGUCAACGAUAAAAUUGAAGGCAAAUACAAAUUUUUAAGAGUAUGUUGUAAUCCAUUUGAUAAAUUAAAUUUUUGAAGACGGAAUAAGACAUUUCCCUGAUGAUAUUGAUUUGAGAUUAAACUUUGUUUUCUUUUUAAUUGAUUAUAGAAAGUAAUAUUCGCAAGCCUUAUAAGAGAUAUCUAUUUCAGAAUAAUUUGUUACAUCAUAUGCACAAAAGUUUUAAUUGUUCUUUUACAAGAGGUAAAUCUAAGAGGUUCUAACUGAUUCAUAAUCCAUAUUAUAAUUUGAUCAUUUUGCAGAAGCAAAUUUUCACAAGAUGGAGAAAGAAUUUUAUCAAAAAAUGGAGAAAAUUACCAUUACGUUUAUUGAAUUUUGGAAUUAAUUACUAGAGGAAAUACCAGACAUUUAUAAAUUAAUCUAACUAGGAUAUUUGUUAUUAAACAAAAGAUAAGAAAUAGAAUAAGAUUAUCGUAGAGUUAGCUAACAGAAUCGAAGAGCAACAAAGUUAAAGCACAUCUAUUAAAAAUUUACAGAACUAAUUCAAAGUGACAUUAGUUCUAAGACAUUAUAAUUUGAAUUAAAUAAUCAAUAAGUUUAAUGCUUGUAAAUUGAGGAAAUAGAAGAAAUUAGUAACUAACCUGAUCCAAUCAUUGUUAUUUAAUCACAUCUUGGUUAAGAGUCAAGGAUUAUGAAUAUCAAUAAGUCCUUCUGCAGUUUGUUAGGGUAUUCAAAGACAGACUUGAUAAAUAGAACUCUUAAUGAAAUAAUGCCUGAUAUGUAAUAAUUCAGUUAAUUUGAUUAGCUAUACAUUCAAACAUAAUUAAUGUAUUGAAAACUAUUUGAUCCAUAAAAUAUCAGAUUCAAAUUAGCAAUUAAUAAAAUCUUGUCAGGUUUACAUCAAGAAGAAAAACAAAUACAUCCUUCCAGUACAUCUAAAGGUAAAAUUAUUGGAGGUGCAUCAUAAUGAAUUAAUUUUAUUAGGUAUUUUAGAUUACAGUUUUCAAUAGAACAAUCAAUGCUAUAUCAUAUCAUCUCCAGAAGGAAAUAUCACUGAUUUGUCCUCUAACUGCAUAUCAUUUUUAGGAAUUGAUCUAUAAUCAAUAACACUGAAUUAAAUAUUGAUUUCAGAUUUAUUCCCAGGAAUUUUCAAAAAUAAUUAAGUUUUAAAUAAGUUAGGGUUUUGCAUAACCUAUAAUGAUCAUUUAUAAAUUCUAAAGAAUAGUAAAAGAUUAAAAUAAUCUAUUCAUUCAACAUCUUCUUACAUUCCAAAAACAAAUUUCAACUGUAUCAUUAAUUAUAUUGAAUAUAAAUGUUUACGAGAAGAAUAAGAUCUUAAACACGGCUUCGUGAUAAGAUUGGAACAAAUAAAGACUUAAUUGCAAUGCAAAUAGGAAUGUUUGAUUCAAUAAGAUACCAUAAGAAGUCCAGGUCCAAAAAUAAUAGGAUUUUUCAGGUUUGCUCAAAGAUCUUUGACUUAUAAAAGUAAUAAAUAUUGAAUAUUUUAAGUGGAAAACAUAAGAUUCAAUAAAUUAGAUAGUUUGAAUAAUGACACUCUGAUAAUGGAAAAUUCUUUAAAUUUGUCUAAGUUAAUGGGAUGUAUGAGAAUGUCAAGACAUUUUAAGACAUUGAUGAAACCUAAUUAUGGUGAAGGAAUUAGGAUAAAGAGAUUAAUAGAAAAUCAAAUUUGUGAUAUUGAAGAUAAUUUGGUAUAAGAUGGCAAACUGAAAGAAGAAGAUCAAGACGAUGAGGGAGAAAAUGAAGAUAAUCAAGAAAGUGAUAUAUUUAGCUAGAGGGAUACACUUUAAUCUUAGUUCUUUUAAAAGAGUUUAAUUAAAAAGGAAUUACAAGAGAAACCAAUCUCAUUUAAAAUUAAAAUGUCAAGUCGGGUAAUUCACUCACUUUUAAUUGUAUUAUUGCUAUUGCAAAUCUUAUCUUAUACUUUUAAUAUUAAAAACGAAUAAGAAUUACUAAGUAAUCUGCCCCUAAUCAAUCAAGUUAAUUAAAGAAUGUCAAAUAUAUUCAUGAUUUAAUCAAUUCUUUAAGACAUUCGCUCUAUAAAUUUACACUACUUGGUCAAUACAUCAAAUAUAUCUUAAGUAUUGAAACAAAAUUUGGAAAUGCUAGGACUUGAAAUACAAUCACUUAAGUUAGUGUAAAAUGAUCUAUCUUCAAUAAAAGUAGAUAUUGCAGAUUAGUAUAGAUAACAAAAUUCUAAAUACUAUGAAAAGAUAAUAGUGAUGGUUGACAUUUAUGGAAAUGUAUCCUAUUUCACCUUUAAUGAAGCAAUAGAGCAGUUAAUAUCUAAAACAACAGCAUUAUUAAAUAGUGAUUUAUCCUAAUUUGAUUAUUCGAAACCAGAUUUCUUUUAUUUUAUUUAUAAUUCAUUAAAUUAUAUAAUAUGGAAUGGGAGAAUAGCUGAAACUUAUUAUUGGUCAUAUUUACAAACCUUGGUUGAUACUAUAGUUAAUAGUGAAAUAUUGUAUUUUCUAUUGAAUACAUGUAUGUUGUUUUCAUUAACUAUUUUGAUAUUUUUAUUUUUGAAUUAGAUUUAAAAGGAAACUAAUUAGAUAGUUUAAGCUUUGUUAUUUUUAAAAGAAUCAAGCAUCAAGGAAUAGAUUGUAAAUUGUGAAAAUCUUUUAGUUAUUUUACAAUCUGAAGAUUUAGAGGAUGUAAUUAAUUAAAUUAUACUUCAUAGCAAGAUAAUUUAUAAAUAGAGAAUGAGGAUAAUAAUAAAGAGAAAAAGGAUGUCUAAAGUAAAAAAAUAAAAAAGUUUAAAUAUUCAGGAUCUCAAUUAUCAAAGUAAUUUGUGAAAACUGCGUUUAUUGCUAUACUCUUCUAAUUAUUUUACAUUUACACAUUCAUAGACAGCAAAAUUGUCUCAGAUGAAUAUCAUUAGUUGAUGCCUAUAAUUAAUUAGACAUCUAUAGUUGAAAGUUAUUAUAGAUUGGGUGAUAACUUUAUCAGAGAAUUGUUUGUCAAUCCUAACAUCAGUAUCUUAAAUACUCCUGAUAACUAGGCGACCAUCUUUGGAUAUCUUGAACUCUUAUAUAAUUUAAAUGCUGAACUAGUGGAAAUCAAUAACCAAUAUCAAAAUCUGUUGGAAUUAGAAUAUUAAAUUGCUUUUAAUGAGAUUUAUUUUAUGAAUCCCUGCUUACACUUAUAUAGGAAUCAAUCAUAAGUGGAAUGUGAGAACUUUGAAGAUGGGAUUCUAAUAGAGGGAUUAUCAAUUGGAAUUAUAAAAUAUAUUGAAGAUUUAAGAACUUUCUUAUAAAGUUAUCAAUAAUUUGAUGAACUUUAAAAUUAUAAUUUGGAAUACAAAUUUAGUGAUGUCAAAUUGAUAAAUUACGCAUUAAAUCUACUGAAUACAAAACGAGGUUCGGAUAUUCGAACAAUGUAAUAAAAAUACUUGAGAUCAGCCUAGACUUAUUUAAAUGAUUAUCUGUUUUCAAACAUUACUUCAACUUUUUAGGGACUGGAAUUAAGAAAGACAAUCCUUUUCACGUGCUUCUGCUUCAUGAUAUUGAUAGUUAUCACGAUGAUUUGGUUACCUACUUGCCGUUAUUAGAUAUAGAACUUAAUUCAGAUAAGAGGCAUGCUGACAUUUCUGACUUCAAGAAUGCUCAAUAUGUAUCUAUUUAUAUAUUUACAAAAAUCCAAUUAGGUCCAAGCAAAUCGUGUUACAUCUGAAACAGCAAGGGAUGGUUUGA